ACUUCUACUACAUCACAAUGCUGCGAGAUCCAGUAUCACGUUACCUGAGCGAGUGGAAACACGUCCAGAGAGGGGCCACGUGGAAAACCUCUCUCCACAUGUGUGAUGGAAGGAGCCCCACCCCGGAUGAGCUGCCCACCUGCUACCCUGGGGACGACUGGUCCGGGGUCAGCCUGCGGGAGUUCAUGGAUUGCAAUUACAACCUGGCCAACAACCGGCAGGUGCGCAUGCUGGCGGACCUCAGCCUGGUGGGCUGUUACAACUUGACUUUCAUGAACGAGAGUGAAAGGAAUGCCAUCCUGCUGCAGAGUGCUAAGAACAACUUGAAGAACAUGGCCUUUUUUGGGCUGACCGAAUUCCAGAGGAAGACACAGUUUCUCUUUGAGAGGACAUUCAACCUCAAGUUCAUCUCCCCCUUCACUCAGUUCAACAUCACCCGGGCUUCCAACGUGGAGAUCAACGAGGGCGGCCGGCAGCGCAUCGAGGAGAUCAACUUCCUAGACAUGCAACUCUACGAGUAUGCCAAAGACCUCUUCCAGCAGCGCUACCACCACACCAGGCAGCUGGAGCACCAGAGGCACCGCCAAAAGAGGAGGGAAGAUCGGAGGCUGCAGCGGGAGCACAGGGCCCACCGGUGGCCCAAAGAGGAUGGAGCCACAGAGGGCACUGUCACCGAGGACUACAAUAGCCAAGUGGUGAGAUGGUGACCCCCUGCCGGCUCCUCUUUGUGACCUUCCAUUGCAUUAGCAUGGAGAAGUUGGGCCAUGCUGAGAACC